AUGGCAGACAGAAAAGCUGAGUCACUGCAUUCCUCCAUAGGGCUCUUGGGCAUUUCCGCAGGAUCACUCUUACUGGCGGUGCAUUUCUACAGUUUGCCCAGAGCAGCCCCUCUGCUCCCCAGCACAGCUCUGGGAGUCCUUCUGUUGAUUUUAUCGUCUCUUUUGGCGUAUGCAGGAAUUCGGAGAAGCCUAAGGAAUGCCUCCCUGUUCUUGUCUCUCUGCCUGACCAUCUCAGUGUUCUGGUGCGGCUAUGGAGUGGUCUUCAUCCUGGGAGGGCAAGGAGUUUUGAACGACACUGGUGAUUUCCGCAAUGCCUUGGUGCCUGGCCUGGUCACAUUCACUUUGGCACUACUCAUUAUUGCAGUGGUGGGCUUCCUUUGCAGAGAGGUCGUCCUAGCUAUGGUUGCUUCUGCUGUCUCGCUUGCCAGUGCUCAUGAAGUUGCCAUGCGUUACAGCACAGCUUUUGGUUCCUCUGCUGUGGCUUGCAAUUAUAUGGUUGUCUGCUUGGUCGGUGGUUAUUUUGCUCUGGGAAGGAUUCUUUAUUUCCUAACCAAAGAGAAAAUUGCCCUCCCUGGCACAGAUCUGGCCAGGAAAAAGACCCAUGAACAGAUCCAGUCCACCAGUGGCAGCAUGAAUCACUUUGCAGUCACCGGGCUGAUCCUGAACAUGCUGUCUGCCAGUGUCUUUGGCUGUAGGCUCCUGGGUGUCACUGGCAAACUAUUUAUUGGUCAGGUGCCCUGGCUGUGGGCAGCUGGGAUCUACCAGAUUGGCAUCUGCAUUUUAUCAUACCGUGCAAUGGAUGUACUAAUGGCUACGUUCUUUGGUUUCACUUCCAUCCUGAAAUUUGCUGGAGGCUAUUGCCUUCUGUACCCAAUCUGGCAGCCAGAGGAGGCCGCUUUCCCCACUCCAUUCCUGGUGGUUUUCUCAAUUCUUUUUGUUGUCUUGGCUCUUUUUCUCACUCUUAAGAGCCCAGUGGAUGGCCUGUAUUUGCUGUUUUAUGUGGCCUACUGCAUUGCAUUAGCUUGCUGUCCCAAGGGAUUUUUUGAAGGUGGACCCCAAGGUGUGGAUGUGGCCAUCUUUGUGGCCUCAGCCUUGAUGACUCUAAUUCACCUGUACAAUGUGAAAGCAAGUGCCAAGAUCCCAACAGGGAAGGGUACUAUGAAGGCCCUACUUGCCCGCAGCAGUUUUCUGAAGCUUCGUGAAGGGGCAGACCUUCACACUCCCUACCUAGGGUAUUCCAAGUAUGCAGAUGCAGAAGCACUUGGCUAUGCAUGCAGUGUCCUCGCUUCUUUUGCUGUAACAAUGACAGGGGACCCCCAGGCUCCACUUGCUACUGUUGUAAUUCCAUGGGUAGUGGUAGCUGGUGGGUUCCUUAAGCUUCUAAGUGGCUCGGUGGCCUUUGCCCGGGGUAAAACCCUGGAGAGCACUGCCUUCAUUCUCUAUGCUGUCAUGUGGAUCAUCUGGGGCUUGACGAGAUAUGGUGGCCUCUAUGGCACUACCAGAAGCUUCCAUGCAGCGGUAGGCAUCAUUGCUUUCAUGCUCUUCAAUGGCUUCAUUGUCUUCUGCACACUCUUCUUAAACAUCGCCUGGUUCUUUUACUCCCUCACUUUCUUGCUCAUCGCUAUCAGCUUCUUGCUGGAUGCCAUCCAUGCUCUUCCAGCUGGCUAUGACAUUGCUGCCACUCUCAUCUUUGGUCUGGUCAGCUUUUACUGCUUCCUGUCUGCCCUUUUCAACAGCAUCUUUGAGGGUUCCUUCUUACCAAUGGGCAGGCCCAUUGUGCAGCUUAGUGGUGUGGGGGGAGGAAUGACCAAGUGCCUUCACCUGCCUGCCAGGAAAGCUUCCUCAGUCAAGAGAAUUGCAGAUAUCCUGAAGAAUGGAGGGACUUGCGGCAUCCCCACAGAUACUGUGUAUGUGCUUGUGGCAGCCUGUCAUCGGCCUGAUGCUGUGGAGAAAGCUCACCACUCCAAGCGCCAGGCUCAGGAUCGCCCCAUGUCACUCUGGAUUUCUAGCCUAAGGCAACUGGAACCUGCAAAGCAUUUGUUCAAUCCCCUGCUCUGGGACUUCAUGGAGGCUGCCUGGCCAUCUCCUAUUAGCUUGGUGGUUCCCAGAGGAGAAUGGGUGGACUUCCUGGGAAUGAAGGACUCCGCUAAAUACGUCGGUACCCCGCAGAGCAUUGCCAUCCGCAUCCCCGACUGCUCUGUCACCACACACCUCAUCGACUUGGUUGGCCCCAUUGUGGUCACAUCAGCUAACCCAACGGGAGAGGCAGACACAACACACCACAACCAAGUGUAUGCCAAGCUGGGAGACAAGGUGGAUGCAGUUCUCUGUGAUGGGCCUUCUCCAGAGAACAUCGCCUCCACCGUUGUGGACUGCACCAAAAUCGACAGUGGAAACAUAGGGUUCUUCAGAGUCGGUAUCAUCCCUAAGUCUCAGGUGCUGCAGAUACUGGAGCAGGUGCAGAAGAAACACAGGUUGGCUCCUAAGAGUGGCACUUGCACCACAAAAGGCCAGGAAGAACACCUGAAUCACAGCCAUGCUGUGCCCAACGGGGUGGGCACGGCUGCCUCGGAAGAGGCAGCGCCGGGGCAGUCCCCCCACGAGGGCUGCAAGAAUCACACUCGCUUCUGA